AUGUGAAUGUGAACUUUUUCCUUGUCUUCCUUCAUGAAAUUAACACUCAAACUUUUUUCCAAAACUGGAUCAAUAUAUUUAUAUAACAAAAUAAUAGUAGCGAUUGAAAUCACCAUGAAAUUCAGUCUGAAUCAUCUGAUUAGAUUGAGAUUUUCAUCAAUUCUUUUCAGGGAAAAAUUUAGGAUUAGUAUUGUCACCAUUCAACCAUUAUAAUCACUUUGAGUAAUAUUGAUUGAUCUCAAUUGUAAAUUGUAAAUAUUAGUUUAUCAAUUCAACUGGUCAUCUUAAAUUGAUCACAAUCAGUUGAUUAUCAAACAAUUUUAAUGUUCAUGGCAUUUAAAAGGAUUUGAUUGACAAGUAAACAAAUCAAAUCAAUUUAAUGCAACUUUUUAUUUCAAUUAUGUGACAAUCAAUCAAAACCAGUUUCCAAUACUUAAUCAAAAUAAUCAUACACUGAUUAUGGUUAACAAUCAGAUUGAUUAAACUGGAUUAAAACCAUUGGAUUAAUAGCAAAGGAUAAUGAUCAUCAUUUCUGUUUAUUGUUUCAUCAGUUAUUCAUUCAAAAGUUAACCUAAAGUUCAACAAUUAUCAUGAACUUUCAUGUUUCAUUGAAACAAUUGAAAUCUCAUCAAUUUCGGAUUAAUAAAUUGUUACGUCGAUUUAAUCAACUUGAAAAGUGUUAAGUGUACAUUUAACGAGUUCGAGUUGGAGUUUAAAACUUUUUACUCUACGAGUGUUUAGUUUAUUUCAAUUGUUUCGAAUUUGGAAUUUUUUUUCUCUCUCUCUCACUUUUCCUCUUUUUCAAAAGAAAUAAAAUGAGUUCGAAAGUAAGUGAACUUCGACGUGAUACUCUACCGGGACCUGGAACUUCGUACCAAGGGGCAAGUCGCUCUUCCCUCGGGUUACCAUUUGAUCCAACGCUUUCUGAUCUUCAACAUCGAUUAUCACGUUCUGAUGAAAGGGUUCGAGUUGAAUUCUAUGUGAAUGAAAAUACGUUUAAGGAAAGGCUUCAGGAAUAUUUGAUUAAGAACAAGAAAUCAAGUUUUCGUAUUCGAGGAGUUAAAAUGGUCCUAAAACUUUUCGCUUGUUUACUUUAUGUAAUUCGGGUUAUGCUUGAUGAUGGACCUGAUCCAGCUGAUUGUCCAGCUUGUAAUCAUAUUGGUCCAGUUAAAGGAUCUAAAUCAAUGUAUCAAACGAUUCCGUCCUUCUCUGAAAAUAAGACAGUUAUAUCUUUGAAUACUGGUCCAAUUAAUUGGAAGGGAAUCAUUUGGGUUCAACGUAGUUUCAUCAUUUGGCUAUUCGAAGCGAUCAUUUCAAUAUUAUUCAUAUCAGAGGUUAUCUUGUUAGUUUAUUUAACCAAAAAGAGCAGUUUAAUGAGGACACUUUUUUCAUUCUAUUUUAUUCUGGAAAUAGUUAAUAAUACACCAUUUUUUAUCUCGAUAUUUUAUCCACCAAUACGAAGUAUUUUUGUUCCAACUUUUCUUCAUUGUUGGCUGGCUAAGCAAACACUUGAGAAAAUGUUUAAUGAUGUUCACCGAGCGAUGCAACAAUCUCAAUCAGCCUUAUCACAGCGAUUAACAAUUUUAAUCACAACCUUAAUUUGUCUUAUAUUUACAAGUGUCUGUGGAUUUCAACACUGUCAACGAGCCGGUGGACGAAAUGUCAACCUAUUUGAAUCGCUUUACUUUGUGGUGGUGACUUUUGCCACGGUGGGUUAUGGUGAUUAUAAACCUGAGAAUAUGCCUAGUCAGUUGUUCAUGGUGAUUAUGAUUUGUGUCGCUCUGAUUGUACUUCCAACACAAUUUGAACAAUUAGCCUGCACUUGGAUGGAGAGACAAAAAUUAGGUGGUAAUUACAGUGUUCAAAGAGCUCAAACUGAGAAGCACGUUGUCGUUUGUAGUACCACUUUACGAACGGACACCGUGAUGGACUUUCUCAAUGAAUUUUAUGCUCAUCCACUUUUACAGGAUUUUUAUGUUGUACUUUUAUCACCCUGUGAACUUGAUACAACCAUGAAGAUGAUACUCCAAGUACCAAUGUGGGCUCAGCGAGUUAUUUAUAUUCAAGGUUCAGCACUGAAAGACUCUGAUCUUACAAGAGCGAGGGUCGAUGCAGCUGAGGCUGUUUUCAUACUGGCUGCUCGUAACUAUGCUGAUCUUGGAGCUGCUGAUGAACAUACGAUUUUAAGAUCUUGGGCUGUAAGGGAUUUCGCACCCAGUGUACCUCAAUAUGUUCAAAUCUAUCGACCCGAGAAUAAGAUUCAUGUUGUUUUCGCAGAGCACGUUGUUUGUGAAGAUGAAUUUAAAUAUGCACUUUUGGCCAACAAUUGCCUUUGUCCAGGAACUUCAACAUUGGUCACUCUUUUGCUUCACACUUCACGGGGACAAGAGGGUCAAACAUCAGAUGAAGAGUGGCAUCGAUUAUAUGGUAAAUGUUCAGGGAACGAAAUCUAUCACAUUCGAUUGAGUGAUUCACGAUUUUUUGGUGAAUACGAAGGAAAAAGUUUCACCUAUGCUUCUUUUCAUUCUCAUCGAAAAUAUGGAGUGGCCUUGAUUGGAGUUCAAACCGAUAUGAAAGGUACUUGGCCGAUUAUGUUGAACCCUGGGCCAAGUUACAUCCUGAAAGCAUCUGAUAUAUGUUUUUAUAUGAAUAUUACUAAAGAGGAAAACUCGGCUUUCCUAUUGACUCCUAAUUCGGAGGUAGUUGGUUCAGUGAGUGCACGGGGUGGGACUAAUAGUGCUUGUUCUGAGAGUCGACCCAUGAUGAGUGGGGGUGGACAUACUUCAGGCUACAAUCAGCAACAAUCAACUAUAACCUCGGGCGGUGGUACUACUUUCAUGUCGAGUAAUUUAAUCAAAGUAAAUAGUAGCCUAUCUGUUGGUGGGUCAAUUGAAAUUGGAUUGACCACUUGUGAUACUACCGGUGAUGAGUCGGGUGAAAAUUUGUUGAAAGCCGAUGAACAGGAUAUCAUCAGAAGGCUAUCUUCCGUUUCAAGUAUUUCCACGGGAGAUUGUCUCUCAGUGAGUAGUAAGAAAAAUUCAAUGAUUGAAAUGCUUGGUGGUUCACCUUCAAAUCGACGGAAAUCAAGUUCAAUUUUCGGUUCAUCAACUGACCUUGAUUCAUCGAGAAAAUCUCGCCGCGACUCAUCUCCAGCGCGAAUAAAAAAAGUUGUCUCCGAUUUUGCCGCUAAAACGAAAAAAGUUAUGAGUCGAAAAGGAGGAAUUCACCUUGAAGUGCCUCGAAUUGAGUUUGGCCUUCCCUCGAGAGACUCAUCACCGACCGAUGUGGUCUCAGCGAGAGGACGAAGACCCUCAAUUGCAGCAGUUCCCGUUAUGUUUGACGAUUCUCUAGACGAAGAGGAUUCAGAGUCGAAAGAUGAAAAGUUUAAAGAACCCAAAGAGAAACUAUGUGAUCUUACCUGGAUAACACCGGCCGAAAGUUCAGAAGUUGUGAAAGGAUUCCCUCCAGUGUCACCUUACGUCGGUGUUAGUCCAACCCUUUGCUACCUUGUAAAGGAAAAGAAACCCGCUUGUUGUAUGAUGUUAGCCACCGAAUGUGAACAUUGUACCCAUCGAAAUGCUCGUGAAUACAAUUGGACAACUCGGUGUAUAAUUCUAGCAGCCGAUUUCGCAUCUAACGCUAUUUACAACUUUCUAGUUCCACUUCGAGCCCAUUUUCAUUCAGCUAAAUCUCUACAACCGAUAAUCAUACUCCUCGAAACGGAACCAACUCAAGCGUUUAUUGAUGCGAUCUCAUGGUUUCCAUUAGUCUAUUGGAUGCAAGGUUCAAUUGACAGUUUGGAUGAUUUAAUUAAAGCAGGAAUCAAUCUCGCUGAUUCAGUUGUUGUGGUUAAUAAGGAGACAACCAAUUCCGCCGAGGAAGAUUACCUCGCUGAUUGUAAUACAAUUGUCGCAGUUCAAACAAUGUUCAAAAUGUUUCCAAGUGUCCGAAUCAUAACCGAGUUAAGUCAAUCCUCGAACAUGAGGUUUAUGCAAUUUCGAGCCCAUGACACUUAUGCACUUUCACUCUCGAAAAUGGAAAAGCAUGAACGGGAAAUUGGUUCACAUAUUUCGUACAUGUUUCGACUUCCCUUUGCCGCUGGUUCGGUUUUCAGUGCUUCAAUGCUGGACACUUUAUUGUAUCAAGCGUUUGUCAAGGAUUACAUGAUAACAAUAAUUAGAUUGUUACUUGGAAUUGAUCAGGCUCCAGGUUCUGGUUUCCUGUCCUCCAUGAAGAUCACAAAAGAUGACCUUUGGAUACGAACUUAUGGUAGAUUGUAUCAGAAACUCUGCUCGACAACAUGUGAGAUUCCAAUUGGUAUCUAUCGAACUCAAGGUUCUCACACUCCUGAUGCAACAACUGUAAGUUCGCGACUACGAACAUGGACAAACUGUUCAAGACAAAAUCGAUCAUCUUUACUGACUUUCUCUCUUUUCUCGCAGAUAAACUUGGACUUUGUUUUUCCAGUUCUAAAUGAACGAGUUCGAUACCAACAAUUAUCCGCCGAAAUCGAACGUCAAGAGAUUGGGAAUUUGGUCAAGAAUCGAAUGCAAGAUUUAGGAUGCCCCAUCGAAGAUUAUGAUGAUGUAUCGGAAAAACGAAGCACGAUAUCGUACGUCAUUAUUAACCCUUCGUGUGACCUGAAAUUAGAGGAGGGCGACUUUAUCUACCUAAUUAGACCCUCGCCUAUUAAGAGUAAGAAAACAUUCCUAACCCGUGGUAAUUCAAUUCGAGCUUCAAAAGCAUCGUUAAAACGUAAACGAAGUCGAACCGGUUCGGUAACAUCAAAUUCUAACGGUGCCAAUAUGAGUCAUAGUUCUGUAGGAGGACAAAAUCAACAACAAUCAUCACCACCGAGCGCUAGUCAGCCCUUACAGCCCAAAUUAAGUUCAUCCUCUGUUGGUGAAAAUGAUAAUCGCCUUAAUUGUGAUGAUUUAAAGUCAAUCGGAAGCUCAUCAAGUCGACAUCAAAGUAUCUCAGAGGAAAGAACCGCCGAGGAACUCGGAGAUUUCCAACUCCAUUUUCCACCCUCCAUCAAUAUUGUGCCCUCUCUCCACCUUGACUCGGCUUCACCCGAUUUACCUUCACCACCUUCGACCUUCAGUCAACCUCACCCUCUCCUUUACCAGAAUCCACCACCAAUCCAUCCACCCCCACCCUUACCCUACCACCACCGUCACCAUUAUCAUCACACUCCCCUUGGAUCAUCACCAGCAACCAAAUUAACUAAUCAAGUGACACUUUCACCCUCGUCGGCUACUAGCCCACCCCAAGGGCAAAUUGAUAUGGCGGUAAUGGUGGGAGAAGGUGGGGAAAGUGUCAGUGGAAAUUUCAAUCCACCAACAACACAAGCUCAACUUAAUCACGACAAUUUAACUAAUUGUUUUUAUAUUAGUGCACCGACAUAAUUAUUAAUUUAAGAGAAAGACAAUAAUUUAAUUGUUAACUAUUUCUGCCUCAUUGUUAAUUGUUUACUUUUCAUUAGAAUUUCUUUUUCUCUUCAUUUUCUUUAAAUACUCAAACAAUUAAAAAGUAAUUAAUUAACUUCCUAAAAAUACAAUCUCUGCCCACU